AUGUAUUUAAAAAGUUUUCCCCUUAUUUUUUUAAUUAAAUUUAACAUUUUUUUGACAAUAAAUCCACAAAAUUUAUAUCAAUCACAAUAUAAUGAAGAAAAUGCAAAAUAUUUACAUUUAUUAUGUUAUGAAAGUUAUUUUCAAAAUUCAGGAAAAUGUAUACCACAAUUAGUAGAAUAUUUUGCAUCAUAUCAUUUAUACCAAAAUAAUUUUAUAAUUUGUGAUAAUUCACGAAACAAAUGCGGCUUUUAUAUAUUAGUUUCUGUUCUUCAUAAAAAAAUAAUCAUUGUGUUUGCUGGAACUAUUACUAAUGGUCAAUUAUUUAAACAAAUGUUAUCAGUUUUUCAAAAACGUAUUUAUUAUCUUAAAUCAGGAUUGGUAAAUAAAUAUUAUGCAAUCUCUUUUGAAAAAUUGUGGCCUCAUGUAAGAAAAGUUUUUGAAGAAAGAAAAUAUUACAAUUAUAAAGUUUACGUUACUGGGCAUUCAUUAGGUAGUGUAUAUGCUGCAUUUACAGCUUUUAGAAUUCAUCAAUCAGGAAUUAGAAAAAGCAGUGAUAUUUUUUUAUAUACAUUUGGACAACCAAGAAUUGGAUCAUAUGAAUUUGCUUUAAAUUUUGAUAGAAGAGUACCAAAUAGUUAUCGUGUUGUUGUGGGAUCAGAUUUUGUAGCACAUUUUCCUCCAUGUAAAAAAGCCAACUUAGCAAAAUCAAGAUUUUAUAAAAGAAUUUUUAGGAAAAGAACUAGUAAAAUAUGUGAUUCAGCUGAUCAUAAUGGAUAUUAUCAUCAUGGUACUGAAAUUUGGUAUCCAAGAGGUACAGAUUUUGAAUAUAUUAUUUGUAAUGGAUAUCCAAAAAAUGAAGAUUUUAAAUGUAGUGAUCAAUUACUUUUUUAUGCAUCAAAAAUAAGAGAACAUAGAGAUAAUCACAGUGUAUAUUUUACUAGACUAGUACGUAAAUAUAUAAAAAUGUUUUUAUAUACAACAGAUCAAAAUUGUAAAAUAAUAGAACAUAAAAAUUAUAGGCGAAAUGAAUUAAGUUAUUUAACAUAA